UGUAUCAGCUGACCAAGUAAAAUAGCACCUACUUAUCACUGUUAGUGUUUUGAAAUGUAGCAAAUUCAACCUACUAGUAAUGAAAAUUAAGUUUAAGGCUAAGAUUAAAUUAUAAGCACUACUUAUUCUAUUCUUUGAUUAUAACACAAACAAGAUUGAGCUCACUCAAUUCUCAAAUCUGCAAAUAAAUUUAAAAAAUGUCUAAUGACUUAGAUUUUUUAUUUAAACCCAUAAUAAUGGUAACUGGUUUCGGCCCGUUUGCUAAUCAUCCAGUGAACGCAAGUUGGGAAGCCGUGAAACUUUUAGAUAAACAAGAAAUAGAAAAUAAACACAGGUGCGAGCUUGUUUUGAUUGAAAUACCAGUAACUUAUGAAAACGUGGAUGAGUUUGUACCUGCGCUGUGGGAGACACACACCCCUAAGCUAAUGAUCCAUGUGGGGGUGUCCAGUAUAGCUAAUGAACUGACUCUAGAGGUUCAAGCACAUAAGAAAGGCUAUCAACGUUUGGAUUAUUUUGACAAAUGUCCUGCUAAUCAUGUCUGUACAGCAGACGGAGCAGUCAGGAUCCAUACUAAGCUUAAUGUUGAAAGAAUAUGUAAGGAAUUCAAUGAUGCAAGCCCUGAAGACUCCACCAGGGCUGUGAGCUCCAAAGAUGCUGGCAGUCUCCGACACUUGCAGUGCUACUGCGGGUGCUGUUUGGAAAUCAAGAGUACACAACAGCAGAAUGACACAACAGAUCCUUUGGGUCAAAGCGUCAGAUAUUUGUGUGAGUACAUCUACUACACAUCGCUGUCCGUGGAUAAUAGCCGUACAUUGUUUGUCCACGUCCCGGACACUAAUGUGUACUCGUCGGAACAAACCGCUCGAGGCUUGCAGCGCAUCAUAGAGCUCUGCAUCGAACAGAUCCACGAGGCCGAAGCAGCGACCCGCCUCGCAGCCACUUUGCGAGACACUGGGCUCGCUGACGCCGAGAAGGAAGCGAUCGAUAACAAAAUAUGAAUAACCAAGACCAGCUUUUUGUUAUAACAGCUGGCGUGCAGCUCCGCGGCGGCGGCGACUGAGCCAAGGCCGACGUCGCGUCGCACACUUGUUUUUGUUUUUAAGUUUCAGACGUGGCAAGUAACGUUAUUAUAACGUCAUUAGGAACUGGGCUUAGACUGCGCUGCACACACGCCAUUCAUUUGUACAAACCUUAAUUAUAUCUAAUAUAAUAUUUAUUAAAAAACAUUAAAACUA